AUGAAUGAAGAGAAAGAGGAAGAGGAAGGAUCGAGGAUCAAGAGCAGGAAGAGGAAGAUAAUGAGGACCAUGAAGAGGACCACGAAGAGAAUCAAGAAGAGGACCACGAAGAGGAAGAGGACCACGAAGAGGACCACGAAGGAGAGGGAGGAGAAGCAAGAAGCGGAUCAAGAAGAGGAGCAGGAGGAGAAGAAGUCUCCCGUGCGAUCUCACUCUGCUCGCUCUCGCUGGCGCUUCACUCGCCGCCGUCGCUUGUUGCCGAGGGCUCCUCUGGGGCGCUCAGCCGUUUUUGUUUUCCCUCCGACGUACCAUCGGCGCGCUCCGCUUGACAUCCCCCCGCCUCGCCAACCUCGGCCCCUCCCCCCUCCCUGGCAACACUCGGCCUCCCCCCCUUCCUUCGCCCCUCCCCCCGCCUUUGCUCAGCACCGCGAGCCUGGCCUUCUCGCGGCCGACGCGCGCGCUGGUGCCCGGCGUCGCCCCGCUCCGCGAGUGAGGCUGGCCCGGCGGGUGCAGCGGGCUCUGCCCCUCCCCCCGCGCGCACAGCGCGGGCGGGGCGCCCGCCGCUCCGCCGCUGCGCCGGCUGACGCCGGAGCGGGGCGCUCACGCUCGCAGCUGGCGUUUCGCAGCUGGUAA